ACGAAUGUCUCUAAUUUCAUUCAAUUUUCAACUUCAAAAGUGUUUCAAAAUUUCACAAUUUUCAUUUUUUAUUUUCAUUUUAAAAUGUCCAAUAAUAUUAUUAAAUAAAUUUAGUCAAAUAUGUGAGAACUGUUUUAUAUAAUGGAAGAUAACAUUCAAGAUGAAAAGGGAUACACGACAAAGGCUGCUCUAAUAAAAUUAAGAGAUGACAUUCGUACUGUUAUUGACGAACAUAAACAAAAAAAUCGUAUGGGAUUUGGCAUUAUCCGCAACAUUAUAUCACUGAAAUCAGAGAGAGUGCUACUAUCAGGAAUAGCAUACACUGUCACAAUAAUUAAUAUAAUAUGUUUAAUACUCACAUAUCUGGUGGGAGGAACUCUAUUAGCACAAGGAUAUCUACUAUGGGAGGCUUUAUUUUUAUUCAUCUUACUUGUAAUCAACAUAGUGAUAGCAAUAAAUGAAGAAUACUUGUACAAGAAUGAAAUACCACAUCGGGUUAAGAAGGUACUAGAGACGCUAGAUCAAGCCAUUGAAAAAUGUCUAUGGAAAGAACAUCACUACCCACACUUAUGCGCUCCUUUCUCUCCAUGUGUGAUACUUCAAUGGACGUACAGAGAUGGAGUUAUAGUAAAUCUUCCCUGGGCACUGUUAGUGGAAGGGGACAUAAUCGUGCUCCGGCCGGGCCAGGAAGUGCCAGGACAUUGUCAGGGUCUGCAGCCAGGGGACCCGGAAUUAUUCUUUGGGCAGAUUUUUUUAUCUGGAUCACAGUCAAAAGAGCAUUUCAGCGCGCCGCGUGUGCGCACGCCGCACCCCAACAAAGCCUAUAAAAUGUGCGAAACGCCUUAUUUGAAAAACUUGAAACUGGCUCUUAGCCAGGCUACAGCUAGACCUGUGACUGUGUUUGAGAAACAGAGGUACUUGUGCACAGUGAAGAUUCUGGAAGGCAUAGUGCUGCCGGUGGUGGUUUCGCUGGUUCUGGCGGCGAGCGCGGCGCGCCACGUGGCCCGCCUGCCCGGCGCUCCGCACUGGAGCGAGGUGUACUUGUUGCAGCCGGCGGCGGCGUCCGUGCCGCUGCUGCAGAUAUUCUUCCCCCUCGCCUGGGUCACGCUCAACUGCUACGGGCUGGCGAGGUUUAAACUACUAUCGGAAACACGUCAAAUAUACACCCGUCCCAAAUCCUGUUCCAUAUCCGAGGAAGCGACUGAUCCGCUCAUUCAAGCUCUGAGCGAAUCUAACCUCAAAGUGGACAGCUUGCGAUCUUUGGGCAAGACCUUCUGGAACAUUCUCCUCGGCAGAGAGGACAUGGUCGCGAGAACUGCCAACAUUGUUCACGUUUUGGGCUCCUUGUCGGCUCUUUGUUGUGUGGAUAAGAAGGGUAUUUUAUCGUGGCCCAAUCCAACCGCGGAGAAAGUAUUCUUUCUUCGCAAUUCGAGCCCCACUUCGCAAAAUUCCAGCAAAACCAGCCUCGUCGACUCUAUGGGACACCAAAGUCAAAGCAAUCUCGACCAAAUUGGCGACACCAAACCGAACCCCGAACCGUCUACUAUUGUUGAGGUGCUAGAUCUAACUCACGACCAGAACGCGCCGUUUCGCGUGGAGUUCGACGAACAAAGAUGGCGCACGCACCUGGCACGUUUGAAACCCUUGGGGCUCGCCGCGUUGCUCAACACGUGUGCGGAGGCUCCGAGACACACUUACGCGCACUUCUGCGCACACCUCACAUGCGAGGCCCACUACAGUGAAGAUCUAGUGCCUGUAACAAACCGAAGAUGCCUGUGCGAAUUGGCAAAACAAAUCGGAUUCACCGAUUCUGUCAUCAAUUCAUAUAAUGUACAAGAAUGUUUGGCCGUUUUCAGACAUUUGCAAGCAGACACGAUACGGCGGGAGACGCGCUUCGUGCGCUCGCUGCACCUGAGCACGCGCGUCAAGGUGCCGCUCCCGCACAUGCUGGCAGUUCUUGUGAAGGAACACUCCAACCAGCUGCAGAUGUUGACGCAGGGCACGGCAGACAUAAUCCUGGACUCGUGCGUGGACUACUGGAACGGCAGCGACCUCACGCCCAUAUCGCCGUCGGAUCGCAAGAAGAUCAUCGACUUCUACCAGCGGAACUCGCUCACGGCCUACUGUACUGCCUUCGCUUACAAGCCUUUGACCCGUGGUAUCUCUUCGGCUCUGGCACAACAAUACUUAGAGCUGCCGGCGGAUAGUCGCUCUCUAUACGCCCCACACUCAAACCAAUGGCCUGAUGCACCCGCCCUGCACUUCCACUCUACGGAUUCCUUACUAUUCAACGAAAUCACAGAUGACGACGUCAGUGACGCUGACGGAUAUUUCGACAUGCAGUGCAAUCAGGUAUUCAUAGGAAUGGUGACAAUGCAGUACCAGGCGCAAAGCGACAUGGUGGAGUUGAUCGAGCGCCUCGAGCGCGCGUGCAUCCGCUUUGUGCACUUCAGCAAGGAGAACGAACUGCGCUCGCGCGUCUUCAGCGAGAAGAUGGGCUUGGAGUCCGGCUGGAACUGCCACAUCUCGCUCAUGAGCGACCGGCCCGGCAGCAAGCCGAGCUCGCCGCUGUCGUCCCAGACGCUGGGCCGCGAGCGCGGCAACACGGCGUCGCAACUCACUAGGCCCGACACGGGUGACGUCACUACCUAUAGCGGGAAUAUUUCGUCGUCCAAAGCUCUGUCGAUGUCAGCGCCUGGGGCGAUCAACCUGGUACAUACCACUGUCAAGUUUAACGAUGAAAUUAAGAAGACCCGCCAUUCGCUUACCACGCAUCAAGGAUUGAAGCUACAGCGCGGCAGUGUGGCCACGAGCCAAGCGUCCACGGACUCCCUACUACACGACGACGCGCCGGACACGGCGGAGUCUCCGCCGGACGCAUGCCGCUCCCUGUCCUGCCUCACGGACUCCACCGACCACUCUGCGCCGCUCAACUUCGACAUGAGCAACCGGGCAAAACUCCCGCGUGGCAUCGAGAACAUUCGGCCUCACAUCGAGCAAGUUGACAACGUGCCGCUACUGGUCUCCUUGUUCACGGAUUGCACCGCAAACUCCGUGCAUCGGAUGAUACAGAUUAUGCAGGAUUACGGCGAAGUUGUCUGUGUGAUGGGCUCUGCAGCUAACUGCCAGAACAUGGAGGUAUUCAUGCAGGCUGAUGCCAGCAUAGCGGUGGAGCCCCUAUAUCCAGUAUUGUGCCAAAAGAUGCCUCCCUACCAAGUGCCACAACCUUGCAUCGGACCCAUCGACCUCGCGCGCUCACUCAAUUCUGUACCCUGCUCCUUGUCGCUGAAAAGUAAAUGGCAAACUCAACCGUACGCCAACUAUUGCAAUACCGAGAUGGCGCGCGCCGCAGACGUGUCGCUGUUCGCGCUGAUCACCAUGUCGCGCCACUUCACCAUGUGUCUGUGGAACACCACCCAGUUCUGGAUCUGCAGCGCGUGCUUCCUCUCACUGAUACAGGUGGUGUCGGUGAUGUGUUUCGGCGUGGGCGCGCUCACGGUGGGCGGUGCGACGUGGGGUGCGCUGGUGGGCGCGGUGCUGGCCAGCGCGCUGGGCUUUGCGCCGCCGCCCUCCGCGCUCAUGUUGCGCGCCGCCACCAGACCCGCUCUCUCCUUCAGCCCCAGGAUGGCGCUGUUCAUAUUCUGGUGCUACGCGUGCAAGUUCCUACCCUCAGUCGUAUCGAUCCUACUUCUCCACGGCCUCACAUUGAGGAGUUUCUGCGAGCAAAUAGCAGACUUCACGAACUCCACAUCGUGCUGGCUUAUAUAUCCAGUGAAUGUCGGCAACUCCUGCGUGGGCUCGAGCCAGGAUCUGUCUCUGAAGAGCUGGCAGGGCUGGGGAGAUGAGUUCUACGACGGGUUGUAUUUGGCGCAGCAUAUUACACUGGCGUUAGUCACUUUGCAUUUAAUUAUAAUAUCGUUGUCGUUUGUACAUCGACACUCUUCGAUAUGGCAGAGGAGGUUUUGGUCUAACAGAGUUUGGUCCACGAGAGUGGUGCUAUUAAUAAUAAUCCAGGGCAUAGCGAGCGGAUUGCUGCUUCGCGGCACGUACGGGACGUGCGACGCGUGGGGCGCGUGCGCACUGCGGUACAGGCCGCCGGGCGCGCUGUGCGGAGCGUAUGCCGCCUCCCUGCUUCUGGUGUUCCUGCUCAACGAGCUCAUCAAGUGGCAGGAGAUCAAGGCUGAUGCGCGCAACCAAAGAAGAGCCCGCUUGGAUUUCGGAACAAAACUGGGAAUGAAUUCGCCAUUUUAGGUAUCGCUACAAUGUCUAGUCAAUUACGCUUUAGUAGAAUUUUAAACACUAACGAACGAUUUCAAUUUAGUUUUAAGAAAAUGUACUUUUUUGUACCUAACCAAUAUUUUGUACUUAAUUUAUUUUAUUGAAUAAGUUUCAGACAUUGAUUUUUUUAAAUAAAAUAUAUUCUCUUAA